AUGAAGUACACCAGCUCCGUUCUAGCUCUGGCCGGCCUGGCCUCCAUGGCCCACGGCCACGGCUUCGUGAAGUCUCCUCAGCCCCGGAUGCCCGGCAAGGCCAUGCAAGCCGCCUGCGGUCAGCAGAUGACCAUCAACCAGGAGUCGGACAACUACGGCAACAUCCAGGGCGAGCUGCAGGUCGCCAACGGCCAGAGCGACUACAACGCGCAGAAGUGCGACAUCUGGCUCUGCAAGGGCUACAAGUUCGCCGACAACAAGGACAACGUCUUCUCGUACUCCGCCGGCCAGAAGGUCGACUUCACCGUUGACAUCCGCGCCCCCCACACCGGCGUCGCCAACGUCUCCGUCGUCGAUACCGCCUCCAACUCCGUCAUCGGCAGCCCCCUGAAGUCCUGGGACAACUACGCCUCCACCGCCACCGGCGUCACCGAAGACGAGACCAACUUCAGCGUCACCAUCCCCGACGACCUGGGCAGCCAGUGCUCCGAGGCGGGUGCCUGUGUGCUGCAGUGGUACUGGUUCGCCGAGUCCAUCGACCAGACCUAUGAGUCUUGUGUUGAUUUCACCGUGGGUGGCUCCGGCUCCGGCUCCAGCUCGGGCUCGAGCUCCAGCGCCAGCGCCAGCUCCUCCACCGCCGAGGUCGCCAUCACCACUACCCCCAGCUCGAACAACAACGCUGCUUCCUCGGUGCCGACUUCCGCCCCCACGACCCUGGCCACCAGCGUCCGCCAGUCCGCUACGGUCCCUGCCGUCUCCACUCCCACUGCGUCUGGCUCGAUGAGCAUUCCUACGGAUGGCACUGCGGAGGAGCAGCUCAACUGGGUGGCGAGUCUGCUGAAGGCACUGCUCAAGUAUACUUGA